AUGGCCAGCUGUGCCAUCAGAGACUCUGGGUUCGAGCCCAGGCUCUGUCGUGACCGGGAGGGCUUGGUCGGUAGGAAUGUCUUUGUCUCAAGGACAGUGCAGUGCGCACACUGGUACUGGUAUGACAAACAGCCUGAUAAUGCAGGUCCUACUCAGAACGAGGACUGUGUUGAGAUACGUAAUGACCAGCUUCCUCUAAAGGCAUGGAACGACUUGUCAUGUGACAGCAAACUGAACUGGAUUUGUGAGAAAGCGUUUUUCCCCUUCACAGUGGAUGACUGUUUAAGAAAUAGUCAUUACCCUAAGUCACACAGACGAAGGACAGUGCAGGGAGAAGACACAGGACAGUGCAGGGAGAAGACACAGGACAGUGCAGGGAGAAGACACAGGACAGUGCAGGGAGAAGACACAGGACAGUGCAGGGAGAAGACACAGGACAGUGCAGGGAGAAGACACAGGACAGUGCAGGGAGAAGACACAGGACAGUGCAGGGAGAAGACACAGGACAGUGCAGGGAGAAGACACAGGACAGUGCAGGGAGAAGACACAGGACAGUGCAGGGAGAAGACACAGGACAGUGCAGGGAGAAGACACAGGACAGUGCAGGGAGAAGACACAGGACAGUGCAGGGAGAAGACACAGGACGGUGCAGGGAGAAGACGCAGGACGGUGCAGGGAGAAGACGCAGGACGGUGCAGGGAGAAGACACAGGACGGUGCAGGGAGAAGACGCAGGACAGUGCAGGGAGAAGACGCAGGACAGUGCAGGGAGAAGACGCAGGACAGUGCAGGGAGAAGACGCAGGUAUAGACAUACAUUAGAAUUGAGGUCAGAAGUAGAAGUUACUGUAUUUGACCAAAAGUGUGUUAAGAUGUCAGAGGGAGUUUAUGGAAACUUAGAUGGAGUUGAAGACGAUGAGCCUGAUGCAAUGAAGAACACAGACAUUGAUGGCCAAUUAUAUGCCAACGUAAGAGCCUUCAAACCCAGUCCAAGAGAUGGAGUUGUUGCUUCAGCACAUGCUCAGUGGUGGAAGAGACCCUCUGGAGUUGCUGCAGUGUGUCUGGGGCUGCUGUGUGUUCUCCUACUGGCUGGGAUCAUAGGCCUGUCUGUCUACUAUGGAGUCAUUGGUCAUCACAACUCAACAGAGAGAAACCAGCUACAGACCAGUUACAAUGCCAUGACUGAAGAGAGAAACCAGAUACAGACAAGUAACAACAACCUGACUAAAGAGAGAGACCAUCUACAGACUAGUUACAACACCCUGACUAAAGAGAGAGACCAGCUACAGACCAGUUACAACACCCUGACUAAAGAGAGAGACCAGCUACAGACCAGUUACAACACCCUGACUAAAGAGAGAGACCAGCUACAGACCAGUUACAACACCCUGACUAAAGAGAGAGACCAGCUACAGACCAGUUACAACACCCUGACUAAAGAGAGAGACCAGCUACAGACCAGUUACAACACCCUGACUAAAGAGAGAGACCAGCUACAGACCAGUUACAACACCCUGACUAAAGAGAGAGACCAGCUACAGACCAGUUACAACACCCUGACUAAAGAGAGAGACCAGCUUACCAAUUGUAAACAAACCUGUCCUGAAGGCUGGCAGAAGUUUGAAUCCAGUUGCUACUUCCUGUCUACUGAGUCUAAAACCUGGAACGAGAGCAGAAAGGACUGUCUAGAGAGAGGAGCAGACCUGGUGAUCAUAAACAGUGAUAAGGAACAGGAGUUUCUCUUCAAACUCAAGAAGAGAGUCUGGAUUGGUCUGACUGACUCUGUUAGUGAAGGGACUUGGAAAUGGGUGGACGGUACCCCACUAACCACCCCAAGGUACUGGAAUGACAAUCAGCCUGAUAGUGGAGAUCCUAGUGGGGAGGAGGACUGUGUUGAGAUACAUAAAGAUUGGAACUUUCCACUUAAGGCAUGGAAUGACAUGCCAUGUGACUGGAAACUCAAUUGGAUUUGUGAGAAAGUGGUUUUAGAAGUUACUGUAUUUGACCACAAGUGUGUUAAGAUGUCAAAGGGAGUCUAUGAAAUCCCAGAUAGAUUUGAAGACGAUGAGACUGAUGCAAUGAAGAACACAGACAUCGAUGGCCAAUUAUAUUCCAAUGUAGGAGCCUUCAAACCCAGUCCAAGAGAUGCUGGAGUUGUUGCUUCAGAGCCUGAUAACUCAGGGAAGAGACCCUCUGGAGUUGCUGCAGUGUGUCUGGGGCUGCUGUGUGUUCUCCUACUGGCUGGGAUCAUAGGCCUGUCUGUCUACUAUAACAGAGUCAUCAAAGAUUCUGAGGAUAAAAGGAAGAACUUGUCACAGAGUUUAUCCCUAUAUAAGACUAACGCAACUGCAGAGAGAGACCAGCUACAGACCAGAUACAACAACCUGACUGAAGAGAAAGACCAGCUACAGACCAGAUACAACAACCUGACUAAAGAGAAAGGCCAUAUUCAGCUAAAGCUUUUUGUGAUGGAGCAGCAUUGUCAGGAGGGAUGGAGAUACUCUGACUCCAGUUUGUACUUCCUGUCUACUGAGAAGAAAACCUGGGAGGAGAGCAGACAGGAUUGUAAGAGGAGAGGAGCAGACCUGGUGAUCAUAAACAGCAGAGAGGAACAGACAUUUGUCUUCAACUUCCACCUGAGAGCCUGGAUUGGUCUGACUGACUCUGUUACUGAGGGGACCUGGAAGUGGGUGGACGGCACAACACUGACCACAGGGUACUGGAGCGCAGGACAGCCUGAUGAUAAUGGGCAGGAGGACUGUGCUGAGAUAUACUAUGGACAAGAUGACCCUGUAAAGACAUGGAAUGAUGAAAAUUGUCACAAAUAUCAUGACUGGAUAUGUGAGAAAGUGGUAUAACAAUAACCCACAGUAACAAACAUUGUCUCUGUGUGUGUCUCUCUCUCUCUCUCGCUCUCUCUGUCUCUCUGUGUAUCUCUCUCUCUCAAUUCAAUUCAAGGGCUUUAUUGGCAUGGGAAACAUGCUAACAUUGCCAAUGCAAGUGAAGUAGAUAAUAUACAGAAGUGAAAUAAACAAUAAAAAUGAACAGUAAACAUUACACUCACAGACGUUCCAAAAUAAUAAAGACAUGUCAAAUGGCAUAUUAUGUAUAUAUACAGUGUUGUAACAAUGUGCAAAUUAUUAAAGUACAAAAAGGAAAAUAAAUAAACAUAA